CUCCGCGUCCCGGCGCGGGCAGGAGGAGCAAGGGCGCAGAGGUGAGCGGAGCUCCGGGGACGCGAGCCUCGAGGCCGGCGCGCGGGCACACGGGGCUGGCGGCCGAUUCCCGGUAGCGCAUUUGCUACCUCGUCUCCUGGCGCCCGCUUGCCGGGGCUGCCCGGAGGCCGCGGCGGGGCAGCUGUUGCGCGGAGAGGGGGGCAGCUGCGGAGUCCCAUAACCAUAGCAACCUCAUCAGUACCGCGGCGGCGGCGGCGGCGGCGGCGGCGGCGGUGAGGGCAGCACCCUCUCGCUCCUCCUCCAGGCUUCAUCGCCGAGGGGACCUGAGAGCCAGCUUGCAGGUGCCCCGACUCCGAGGUCCGCCCACCGCCGCUGCAAGUGUCAGGCGGCCAGAGAAGGAGAGGAAAGCCAGGGACCCAGGAGCUGUGUGCCCAGGAGGUGAAAGAGGGGAGCCCUGCAGUGAGAGACAGAAUUCAGCAAACAAUCAGUUCUGUCUGGAGAAAGAGCCUCGUGGAUUUGUUUUGAUCUGCUUAAUGAAUGCCUAGGAAGAGUCCUGGGAAGCUGCCCAAAGAAGAAGCUGCCAACUGAUUGUAAUCCACUUAUUUUAUAAAAGGUAAUGCACCAAAAGGAUCAUGACUGAAGUACAAGGAACUGUUGAGUUUUCUAUAGAGCUACACAAGUUUUAUAAUGUGGAUCUCUUUCAGAGAGGGUAUUACCAAAUCCGAGUGACCUUGAAGGUGUCCUCGCGGAUUCCCCACAGGCUGAGUGCCUCCAUCGUCGGACAAACAGAGAGCAGCAGUUUGAAUUCAGCGUGUGUCCACGAAAACAUCGUGCACAGCCGCGUCUUUCAGAUAUUAUACAGGAAUGAAGAGGUGACCAUAAAUGAUGCUGUGCUCUUUCGAGUUCACUUGCUCUUAGAUGGUGAAAAAGUGGAAGAGGCACUAAGUGAAAUUGAUUUUCAACUCAAGGUGGACCUGCAUUUUACGGAUAGCGAACAACAACUGAGGGAUGUGGCUGGGGCACCCAUGAUCAGCAGUCGCACCCUUGGUCUUCACUUCCAUCCCCGAAGAGGACUACACCAUCAAGUUCCAGUGAUGUUUGACUACUUCCACCUAUCAGUUAUCUCUGUGACCAUCCAUGCAGCCCUGGUUGCUCUGCAGCAGCCCUUGAUCAGUUUUACUCGUCCAAGAAGAGGCUCCUGGCUUGGUAAAGGUGGCUCAGAACUGGGACCAGAACAAUCUAGCCUUUCUUUGGAGAAUCUGGUCUUUGGAGCUGGAUACUGCAAGCCAACAUCUUCAGAGGGGAGUUUCUAUGUGCCCUCAGAAAACUGCAUGCAGCGUGCUUACAAGUGGCACCGGGAACUGUGCUUUCUGCUCUUGCAUGCCUACCGAGGACUCCGUGCCUACUUCUUGGUCAUCAUGAGGGACAUCCCGGAGUUGCCUCACACAGAGCUAGAGUCCCUUGCUGUCGAAGAAACACUUGCUCAGCUAUGCUCAGAUUUGCAGAUAUUAAGCAAUCCAGAGAAGAUAGCGGAACACAUAAGUAAAGAUCUUACCUGGCUCACCUCCCAUCUUAUGGCACUUUGGACCCAAUUUCUAGAUACAGUAACUUUACAUUCUCAAGUCACCACUUAUCUCACCCAGGAACAUCACUCAUUGCGGGUCCGAAGGUUUUCUGAAGCUUUCUUUUACAUGGAGCACCAAAAGCUUGCAGUCCUGACCUUUCAAGAAAAUCUGAUCCAGUCCCACAGUCAACUGUCUCUGGAUGUUAGAAACUCAGAGUACCUCACCACCAUGCCCCCACUGCCAGCAGAGUGCCUGGAAAUUGAUGGUGACUGGAACACACUGCCAGUUAUCUUUGAGGACAGAUAUGUGGAUUGCCCUGCUACAGAGGCAGGUACCACCAUAACGAAUCUCAAAGUUCAAGAAGAGGGCCAUAUUAUAAACAAAAAACCAUCUAUCAGGGAAGACCUUGUUUUGUCCAACAUAAAACAACCCCAAAUGGACUCUGGAGAGCUCAUUAGGUGUUCAGAGCCAGAUGAGACUGCAACCACUCCAAAUCAUACUGGCGAACUCUCAGAAUCUCAGGUAUAUCUGACAAUUGGCGAAUUCCAGAACAAAACAGAUUUUCCUAAAGAUGAGUCACAAUCUGACCAAAGGUUUGAGGUUGGAGCACAUUCUGUUGCAGAAGUGGACUGGCCCAGAAGGAGUCCAGGCCCAGAGGAUGCCCAGGCCUCAACACUGACUUACAUUGAUGUGAAACCGAGCAAUAAGAACCCCUGCAGAAAUGAGCCGACAGUGGUCAUUAGCACUCAGUAUGAGAGUGGGUGCUCUGCAGCAAACUCUGACUCAGAUGGAACCGUGAUAAGCCAAGAGGAAGUAGGUAGAGGUCAUCAAAAUGCCAUCUCAUCAGAAAAAUCUAUGCCGCAUGAGUUACGUGUUACAGGGAAAGGAGCUGACCAGGAGGGUAAACUUGUGCUACUGAGUCUGAAGCUCAUGCCGUCUGAACCUUGCGUCACCGUAAAUUCUACCCUAAGGGAUCCUUUGGACACGAGGGCUUCCCCAAAGGACCCUCACAAAGAACAGGAAGAUAUGUCACUGCUCUCUGGGGUCAUCAAGAGAUCUUCUUCCCUCAUCUCUGAUUCAGGCAUUGAGAGUGAACCAAGCUCAGUUGCCUGGUCUGAGGCUCGAAGCAGGGCCCUUGAGCCACCUAAUGAUCGGGAAGUCUUACACCAGCUGGUUCGACGACAUGCUCUGCACAGAAACUCCUUAGAGGGUGGACACACCGAGAGCAACACGAGUUUGCCAAGUGGCAUUCAAGCAUCACUUACCUCUAUUAGCUCUUUGCCUUUUGAGGAGGAGGAGAAGGAGUUGGCACUCACCAAACUGACCAAGUCUUUAUCUGCACCCCAAAUCAGUAGCCCAGAGGAGUCUUCUGAAGAUACAGAAGCGGUACUUCAAGAUGAAAUUGUUACUGAAGCUUCAGUUGAACAUAUCAAGAGCAAAGAUUCCCCAGAACACUGCCCACAACUUUGUAAAGUCUCCAGAAUCCAGGAUAAUGGGGCAGAAGAUUCCUUUGUAGAGGUGAUUUUAGAUGCUGACAAUCAGCAAGACCCCGGUUAUAUAGACAUACCCCAAAGUAAAGAAAGCCAGUUUGACCUCCAAGCAUCCUGUUGUCUCGAUGACAGGACUGAAAAUUCUCCAGGUGUUGAAGCCAAAGGUCACAAUUUUGAAAUACCACAUAAUAUAGCAAUUGGAAGCCCUAUGAACAGAUCUGUUACUAGAGAACUUACGGAAAUUCCAAAGGACAUGGCCAAAGACUUGAAUUCGGGGAAUAGUUCUCAGUCCCAAAGCACCAUCAUAGGAAAUGAGGCAACCAACCACCACCAGGUGCCUGAAUUGAACUGUAUGUCAGCUGCUGAGUCCGUUGUGAAAAAUGGCUCAGCUGGCACUGUUGAUGCUACUACCACUUAUAGCAGAAGAGCUGACACCUUCAUGGAACUUGGACUUAAAGCAGGCACUGUGUGCCCCACUGUGACUCCUUCCCUCCCCUCCCAAGUUUUGGAAAACCAAGAGCCAAGGGCAUGCAAUUCCAUCACAGUGUCACAGCAGAACUCUUCAGAGACCUUCACUCUGGACAGCCUGAAGACCGUGGAGGUCAUCAAUUUAUCUGUGUAUUGCACUGCCACGUGUCUCCCUUUCUCAUCUGUACCCAAGGAGACUCCUGCCAGGGCUGGGUUCUCUUCCAAACAGACCCCAUUUCCCAUCACUCAUCAACCUUUGGGUUCCUUUGGAGUAGUUUCUACCCAUUCUAGCUCGCUGGAGGAAGAAGUCAGUGAACGGAUGUUUAGUUUUUAUCAGGCCAAAGAAAAAUUUAAAAAAGAACUGAAGAUUGAUGGAUUUUUGUACAGUGACUUAUCUGUACUGGCUUCUGAUGUACCAUAUUUCCCACCAGAGGAAGAGGAGGAAAAUUUGGAAGAUGGGAUUCAUCUGGUUGUCUGUGUCCAUGGGCUGGAUGGGAACAGUGCAGACCUAAGACUGGUAAAGACAUUUAUAGAACUGGGUCUUCCUGGAGGAAAACUGGACUUUUUGAUGUCUGAGAAAAAUCAGAUGGACACAUUUGCAGAUUUUGACACCAUGACAGAUAGGUUACUGGAUGAAAUCAUUCAGCACAUUCAGUUGUACAACCUUUCCAUAUCUCGAAUUAGCUUUAUUGGUCAUUCCCUUGGCAACAUCAUCAUAAGAUCAGUCCUCACAAGGCCCCGAUUCCGGUAUUACCUCAACAAACUUCACACAUUCUUGUCACUGUCUGGGCCUCACCUAGGGACCUUGUAUAACAACAGCACUCUGGUUAGUACAGGUCUGUGGCUCAUGCAAAAAUUGAAGAAAUCCGGAUCCCUUUUACAGUUGACCUUCAGGGAUAAUGCUGAUCUGCGCAAAUGUUUCCUCUACCAGCUCAGUCAGAAAACAGGGCUGCAGUAUUUUAAAAAUGUUGUGCUCGUUGCUUCUCCCCAAGACCGGUAUGUGCCAUUUCAUUCAGCCAGGAUUGAAAUGUGUAAAACGGCCCUCAAAGACAGACACACAGGGCCGGUGUAUGCAGAAAUGAUUGACAACCUUCUUCGUCCUCUGGUGGAAGCAAAGGACUGCACUUUAAUCCGACACAAUGUGUUCCAUGCCUUGCCCAACACUGCCAACACCCUCAUUGGCCGAGCAGCUCACAUUGCAGUUCUGGAUUCUGAACUCUUCCUAGAGAAGUUCUUCUUGGUGGCAGGACUCAACUACUUCAAAUAGUGUCUUUGACAGUGUAGGAUAUGGUAGCUUGCUGGAAAUGUUGAAGAUCUAUUGAGAGUCUUAGCUGGGUCAUUCUUUUUAGACCUCAGCCAUUCCAAGUUGGAGCUCAAAAAGGAAGGUCUAGAGGAAUGGAACCAGACAUUUGAGGUGCUUUUAUUUUUGAAAAUAGAGAAAGCUGUAUCAAUAGUGUAAAAUAUGACAAAGACUUUGCCUGACCUGUAUAACUAGCUGGAGUCUCACUCUAGAAAUUUUCUAAAAAUAAAAAAUAUAUAUAUACAUAUAUAUAUAUAUAUGUAUACACAUGAAGAAUAGUUGGAGUCAGUGAGCCCGCAGUUUAAAACACUGGUUCACAGAAAUUGCUCUAAUUUUACUAGAUUUGUUCAGUAUGCGACUAGCUUAUAGCUUUAUCAUUUUGAUUAAAUUAAGUGCACACAAGCAUUUCAGAUCUCAGGUUAAUCUCUGUGCAGAAGUGGAACAUAUUUUGUGUAAAUUAACCCUUAAUAUAUUCUAAUCUACCACCUGUUCAAUACUAUGUGAUGCCCGUUCUCUCAUUCCCUCCUCAUGUUUUGUCAGUAAGGGACAAAGGAAUGCUUUAUAAAUCCAAGUUUAUUUUAUAACAGCAAUGGUCCAGGUGUUUAAAGUGCAGGGGGAUAGAGGUGAUGCUAUUGGUAAAUAUGUUUAUUAUAAAGACAAAUACCUAUAGAAAGUAUGUGGACUUCCUCCACCUACUAUGUUAGACUUUUUCUAUGCACAGACAUAAUUCACAAAUUAUUUUUCUGGUUGCUUAAAUCUGCCUGUUGUAAGGAAACUUGACAUAGACUAAACCUAGCAGAAGUGGAAAUUGAGAUUGAAGCGCAUGUGUGAGGUGCUCCUGCUGACACACUUCCAAAGAAAUGCUAUGCUAGCAUUUGAUGCAAUUGAAAACAAACAAACAAAAAAAACUCCACCAUUAAUAUAGCCAGCUGCUCAUCUCCAUGGAAGGAGAAUGGCAUCUAAAUGGAGGAAUUCUUGAUAUAAAACAAAAACCUCAGGGGAGCUCUAAGAAGGGUGCUGGUUAUCUUUCAAUAGAAAUGUCUUUUUUGCCUUAGGAAAAUAAAGGGCUAGGAAAGGUCAUAAUUUAUUUUUCAAAAAUAGAUAGCAAGAGCAGCUAGAUUGAAGACUCUUGUGAAAUAGUUAUUGAUAAAUGACUCAAUGGGGGUGGUUCAAAAAAGGCAGCUGGGAUACAGAAGAGACCAGCAAGUCAAUGAGGGUUGGGGGGAAUCGCUUAGGAGGGUGAUGUGUGCUGAAAGUAGAUGAAGGCCCGAACAUGAUGGCUUCUCAGUAUCUGUAUUGUAAGCCAUAAUGCCCCAAAGUAGAGAGAGAGUAGAAAGUAAAUUUCCUACCAUAGAGACAGGGCAUGGGUUUGUUGUGGGGGUGGCAGGAAGUGUACCGGGGACAUAGGUCAUGGAAAAUGUACACUGGUGGAGGGAUGCAUGUUCUCUCAUUUUAUGACUAAAACUCAAUCAGCAAACAUUUGUAACUAUAUCUCACAGUGAUUCAAUUAAAAAAAAGAUAAUCAAAAUGCUCUCAAAGAUGUAGUACUGCGUAGGCUAGAGGAAAACUGAAGAUUCACUUAGCUGGACUAAAGCGUUCGUGAAUUAUGACUUGGGUGGUGGGGUAGAGAUGUAGUACAGCUGGUAAGACCCGUAUUGUCCCUUGAGCAUUGCCAGUUGUAACCCCUGAUUCCAGAGUCAGGAAUAAGAUUGAGCACAGUCAGAUGCUUCCCCUCGAUAGUUCAAAAAAAAAACAAUAAGACACUUGGUAUGUCUAAUACAAGAACUAGUCACUUGAAGGCCAAAUAUUCUAUUUCUUCAGAAUUGCCUUCUGACGUUUAGAAGCUCAUCUUGAAGUGGAUUCUUGGUCCUAGCACUUGUACUGUGAUUCUGAGUGAUCAAUGGUAAGCACACCAAGAAAAUACACAGGUUCAUCUAAAAGAAAUGUAUGUCUCACAUAAUAAUAAUAAUAAGACUUUGGAAUCAAAUGCAGGUCAUGGGGCAUAAGUGCAGAUAGGGAGCCUGAGAGUGAGGUGACAAGAAAUUCUUAAGAAUAAUAAUAAAAAAAAAAACAGGUGAGAUGAAGUUGAAGAUUCUACAGAGUUCAAUUUCCACUCAUUAAAUGUAGGAUUUCUCUGUUGAUCUUCUCCAAAAUGUCAUUGUAUAACAGUGUUAACACCAUGGAUUGUAACUCCUCUAGUGACCAUCGCCGUUCCUGGAUCCUCUUGUACCACUGGUUACUCAUGAACCAUACCUAUCUACUGUAUGACUCAAGAAGAGUUUAAUUCCUAGGAGUGCCAACCAGGAUGCAGUAUUCCUGUUCUAGACAACUGUCCAUGCUCUGUGCAGGACCACACAUUUAUAGCCAUGUCUCCUUCUCACCAAAUAAUAAACCCUGCAUCUCCAAUGAGCAUUUUUAAUUUUGUGUUUCAAUUCCCAUUAGAACAUGUGUCAUUGUCUGAAUAGACUGCGUAGCCAGCACUUAUGGAGCCAGGGAGAAUUCAAACAACAUUGUAUUUUCCCAUAACUAUAUGCCAUUUUUAACUUCUAUAUGUUGUCUGGACAUAGUGAGAACUAAUGGCAAUAAAUGUCCAGCUACACAGUAUACGUUUCUUUUUCAUAGAGGUGUUCUGAUGUCCUUGUAAACCCUCUCUGGCCUAUGGACAUCUAUUAAUGAUUAUGUAGAAAAUACAUCUUAUAUUGUAAAUAAGGGUGUCAAGUGUUGCUAUCAUGCCUCAUUUGAAAGGCUUUUUUAUGUCUCUUUAUAUUGAAGUAUAGAUAUCUAAAUAUAUAUAUAUAUAUAAUAUGUAAUGUUAAAUGGGGAAAUUCUACUAUGAUUAUAAAAAAGAUAAAAAUAUGCCUGUCUAAGAUAAUGGUCUAGUAUGUCUUCAUUCUCUCAACACUUUUGGAUUUUUGUCUUUGUUUUUUUUCCCACUAUUUUCAGAACUAGCUAGAAAUAAAACUUACUAAUAGUGAAAUUAAUUGGAAUUUCUUGUUCCCAAGUCAAACACAUGCAAUGAAGCAGGUGUGAAACUAAAGUUUUCUUGGACAAGAGAAAACCUCAAUGACAGGUUAAAAGUACCUAGAGUACUAUGGAUACAGGAAAACUACAGAGAAAUGGGCCUUUCAUUUAUUUCUAUAGUCCAGAGAUAUUUAUUGAACCAUUUAUUCCAGAUGGGACAACUGGUAUAAAAUUCAAAACCCUUGUCCUUGAGAAACUCAAGGAACACAACCUUGUUAAAUUAAUGUGAUGUAAUGAUAUUGUAUUUGAAGAGGUAUGGAUUGCACAACUUGAACCCCAGUCUUCAUUAUUCAGUGAAGUCUGAGAAAGAUACCGUGAAUGAAAGAUCGAGAACUGAGUGAUUUUUCCUUGCACAUCCGAUCACUCUCAGGUGCACUAAUCAAGCCAUAAAUUUUAUUUAAGCAUUUUUUCAUCAAAUACUAAGGACUUAUUCUGUGCAGAGAUGUAUUGAUACACUUAAGGUUUAUAUUAUCUAACAAAGAGCAAAAUCAAUCAGAGAUAUUUUAAAAAAAUCACUAGGCACCAUGGAAGUGGUAGGGAUACUGUGGGUAUCAGUGAAAGGACAUCAAUCUAUGCUGAUGAUGGGUAGUAUGUGGUCAACAAGAAUUGACUGGAACCCUUGAAGCCCAGGUUCAAAGUCUGAAUGCUAUUUGUGCAGAUUAGAGGGAAUAGACCAGUUCAAAGACUCUAAGUAAGAGGGCGAAGAGAUAGUAAAGUGGGUAGGACAUUUGCCUUGCAUGUGAUCAACCUGGGUUCUAAUGCUGGUGUACUAUACGGUCUUACUAGCGCUGACAGCAGUGAUCCCUAAGCGCAGCAGCUGAUUUUGGUCCUAAAAACAGAAACAAAAACAAUAAAAACAAACAGAAACGAACAAACAGGAAAAAGCUCCAGGUGAGUGAGAGUAAAUCAAAAUCUUUGGUAUACUAGAAAAGCAGACGGAGACUAUGCAUGGGUACAAGUGACAAAGGGAUUAUGAAAACCAGUCACCGUGCAGAUCUUUCUUAUACAUCGGGAACCAAUUAAUAUUGUUUGUAUUAGAAGGAAAUUAUCAGUGGAGAGGGCCAUAGGUCAAUUCCUUAGCCUUAUGUUAUUACAUCUAUCACUGGAAUUAGUUCUGUAUGACAAUCUUUGACAUUUCUCUCUAAGGAACCUAUCAAUAUGUGUCUACUGGACUUCAAAUCUAAAAUAGAUAAGUUCACAAAAGCAAGUCAAGUCAAGGAAGUAACACAUUUUUUAAAUUAUCAGUACCAUUUUUAUUAAUAUUUUUAUUGAUCUUUUUCUCUAUUUUUCUUCAUUCUUUUUGUUUCAUGCACAGAAUCAAUCAAAUAGACUUACCAUUUGGGUAUUUGGAAAAAUCACACAGGAUGUUUAGGAUACAUUCCAAGUGAUACGCUUAGCGAAGUCUUAAAGGCCUAACCAGUCUCAAGUAUGUGAUCCUAUUCAUGGCCAAUCUUUCUGGGGAUCCCUAGGGCCACUUGCUGAUGCAUGUGUUUCUGAAUUAGUGAGAGGAUAUCAUAGAGGUAGUUAUCUUCCGGAAGUGCUCAGAGGGCCAUGACAUAUCAGAUAUUAAACUAAGGGCCUCACACAUGCAAGCCAAGUGUUUCAGCCUUUGGGAUAUCUCCCUGCCUCCCAUUGGAUACUACCAGUUUUUAAGGUAAUGAAUUUAAAAAUAACUAACACAUCACUUUCUGUUGUUCUUACAUUGGAAUGAUUGAUUCCUCACACUAUACGGAAUGGACCUACAAUGUAAAACUAUGAGCCUUCAUGGAGAGAUCUUUGAAAACUGAUGAGUUCUUCUCUAGACCCAUAAUACUCCAAAGAAACUGAUAUUCUGAUUACCCACUAAGUUUCUGAAUUUGUGAGAGGACAUCAUACUGGUAGUUAUCUGCAGAAAGAACAGUCACUCCUUCCCUGGAACAUGCUUUAAAGCGAUGAGGGACAAAAUUUUCUUAUCUAUAAAAUAGAUUGUAAUUGUCCACUUUGAAAAGCAGUUGUAUAAUAUGGAUUGAAGAAAAGCAGAGCCUAUAAUAGUGUCUGGAUACAAUAGGGAUCUUAAAUUUUUGGUGUUCUAGCUAAGGAAUAUUUUAAAGCAAAUUUUUAUGCAAAAUUUUCUUUUCAAUAAUUUAGGAAAUUUUCUAAAGUAUUUUUUAUGUUAUUUAAGGGAGAUUAACUUGUCUAAAACUCUUGACUUAAUAUUUCAGUAUUUUGAUCUGUUUGUUAGGAUAUCAAGAGCUCCCAAACUGAAAGUUCCAAGCUUCACCCAGUGCAUGAUUAGAUGAACUAUGUAAUAUAGCUAUUUUACUUCUCACAGUAUGGUGUAAAACACUAUCGACAGUUAAGAGCAGGCUUAAAUUUAACACAUACAUGCGAGUAUCAUUGCAUACAAUAAAGGUGUUUGAAUUCUAUAACUGUAACUCAGAAUUUUAUUAUUGUAUCACAUUGUAAAUGUAUCUUGAAAUGUCUUUUAGCCCAAGGUUAAACUUACCAUGUAUAGCAAAAUCCCCUGCUUCAUUCUUUUUCUCUAAAAAUGUUUAAUAAAAUCCAGGAACACACAUUAGAAAACCUAUGCAUAUGCUUUUGCACCUCACUAUGUCCCACAAACUGUCUUUGUAUGUAACUUAAUCUGGAGUUCUUUGAUGUUGUUUUGUUACAAUUUUUCUACAACUUUGACUUGAGUGCAUUUUUAAAACAUAUUAUUUAGACUGUCAGGUUCCAUGUUAAGCCCUGAUGGUUGCAUACAUUAGUCAGAAGGAUCCUCAUCCUUAAAGAACAUAAAUAUAGCGUAGGAUAUGGGCUCCCACAUAAAUAGUACAAUAUCUACAAAGAUAGACUUGUGAACAAGGUAUUUGUAAGACACUGAAAAUUUCACUAUCCCAGCACUUGUUAGACUAAACCACAGUUUGAUCAGAGAAUCUCAGAAUCCUAUCAGUUGGGAAGAAGAGCAACCCAGUUAACAUGUCACAGGAAUACAAGCUGUGACAGUGUAAAGGUGUCACAAUGUCUUGUGACUGCAAGUCCCUCAUCAGUAUAGGGUAGGAAGUUUUCAAAAGGAAAGACUAUAUGAUGCUUUUGAUUGUUCAUACUAUGAAAAAGCACCACCCUUUCACAGGCAUAUCACCUAUCUGUAAAACUAAGUUUUGGAUAAUACCCACAAUUAGUUUUUGUAUUCUUUUAAAAUUAGUAGAUGAUAAAAAAUCAUUAAUACAUAAAAGUUACACCAACAAUAUCCAUGUUUUACCACACUCAGGUUUGUCAGAGAGAAUUCAGUCUUUAGGUUGCAUUUAUCACAUACCACUGAGCUCUGAGCUUUAUUUAAUUUAUUUUUUAAAUGUGACCCACUGUAUUGUAGUAGGUAAAGAGAGGAGGGUCUUUGGCAUGAUCCCCUUCUCUGAAAAGAACCUGAAUGUAUAGCUUGAUACCACUGUGAAUCUCUAAUGUGUAUUAUUUCUGGUUACAUUAUCUGUAUACAAUAACUACAAACUCCUGCAUACCCUUACCAAUUGUCUGUAACAACAUUACUAGUAUAACAAAGUCAUUAGUGCCAAUAUAAUUCUACUAUUUUUCUACAUUUGCUUUCUGGUUGGCAUUUUGUGUAGCUUGUGUUGUAUAUAAAUUAUAACAAUAAUAAAAAUUAUAUGACCUUUUUGGGA